ACCACGCAAACUAAUGGCGCGAUUCUCCUGAGCACUCGAAAAGCAUCCUCCACUGCCUCCGGUCAUGUCAGCCCUAACCAUUCCAGGUCUACCAUAGAUAUUAAGUGUGGGAUGAUAAUGAAACUCUGCAGGUUCUGAGCUGAAGCUCUGCAGCUGCUGCUGAAGUCUUGCCAUUGCUUUGGCUCUCACACAGAGCUCUACCUGAAUCUACCUCCUGAGGUUACCCGAGUCGACCCACCUCAAAAUACUACCCCAUGAGGCACUAAAAAUCUUUCUGUUCGCCAUAUGUGGUCAUGGCUCCUCCUCUACUCCUCCACCUUCUCCUCCUUCUCCUCCUCCUCUCUCCACAGGUGGUGUGUUUGGGUGGCAGUGCUCAUAGGAACAGCAACAGUAGUGCAGAUGGCCCCAAAGCAUCCUGUUCUGAAAAAGUCAAAUGUCAUCCAGGGAUUCUACUUCCUGUGUGGCUGCCACAAAACCCUUCACUUGCGAUGCAGGCAAUGCGAGCAGUGAUCUACUUUUCAUGUCUUCUCUACAUGUUCCUGGGUGUGUCUAUCAUUGCUGACCGUUUCAUGUCUGCCAUCGAGACCAUCACUUCACAGGAGAGGGAGGUGACUGUGACGGGUGCUAAUGGAGAGAAAACAGUAAUGACAGUAAGAAUCUGGAAUGAAACUGUCUCCAACCUCACACUCAUGGCUUUGGGUUCAUCAGCCCCUGAGAUCCUGCUGUCUGUAAUAGAGGUGUGUGGACAUGGUUUUGAGUCAGGAGAACUGGGUCCUGGCACUAUAGUGGGCAGUGCCGCAUUUAACAUGUUUGUGAUAAUCGGAGUGUGUGUAUGGGUUAUUCCUGAUGGAGAGGUGAGGAAGAUUAAACACCUCAGAGUCUUCUUCAUUACUGCAACCUGGAGCAUUUUUGCCUACAUCUGGCUCUACCUCAUCCUGGCAGUCAUAAGCCCUGGCGUUGUACAGGUCUGGGAGGCUCUGGUCACUCUGUUCUUCUUCCCUGUGUGUGUCUUAAUGGCGUGGAUCGCUGACCGGCGCCUGCUCUUUUACAAGUAUUUGCACAAACGAUACCGUGCUGAUAAACGUCAUGGUAUCAUUGUGGAGAUGGAGGGUGAGCUAGCACCCAGAGGCAUUGAUGCCAUCAUGGCAGACAAAUAUCAAAACAGCACUACCAUCAAUAUGGAGAAAAAUCAAGAACCUGAAAAGGAGAGAGAGGAGGUGAUCCGAAUGCUGAAGGAACUGAGAGAGAAGCAUCCGGACAAAGACCUGGAUCAGCUGAUUGAGAUGGCCAACUAUGCCACCAUGCAGAAACAGCAUAAGAGCCGGGCCUUUUACCGAGUACAGGCAACACGCAUGAUGAUUGGUGCUGGGAAUGUACUGAAGAAACAUGCCGCAGCCGAACAGGCGAAGAGAGCUGCUGGAGAUUCGACUGAGUGUGACCUGGCCACCUGUUCUCAGAUAGCUUUUGAGCAGGCACAGUAUCAGUGCAGUGAGAACUGUGGGAACAUGAGUCUAUGGGUCUGUUUACAGGGAGGAACCGGCACCAGAACCUUCCACGUCGAUUACAGGACAGAGAAUGGGUCAGCCAGUUCUGGGACAGAUUAUGAGUAUUGUGAGGGAACGAUCGUAUUUCAGCCCGGAGAGACACGCAAGGAAAUAAAGGUGGGCAUUAUUGAUGAUGAUGUGUUUGAAGAAGACGAACACUUCUUUGUGCGUCUCUCAAACCUGCGAGAGGGAGAGGGUGGGACCAACACCGAUGGUGCCCGGCUGGUCGAACCCCUCGUAACCACAGUAACCAUUCUGGACGAUGACCAUGCGGGAGUCUUCGCAUUUGGUCAGCGGGAGCUCUGCGUGGGUGAAUGUUCAGGUGUGGUGGAGGUGCCUGUGAACCGGACAUCAGGUAUGCGUGGGACCGUAACAAUUCCGUAUCACACAGAGGACGGUUCUGCUCGACAGGGUGUUGACUAUGAGCACACACAAGGAGAGCUGGAGUUUACCAAUGAGCAGACUAGUAAGACACUACAGGUGCGCAUCAUUAACAUGCAGGAAUAUGAGAAGCGAGAAAAUUUCUACAUUGUACUUGAAGAACCCAAAUGGCUCAAGAGAGGCAUCUCAGAUUUGCUGUUGAAUCAGGCCACUCCUGGUCCAGAACUGGAAGAUGCCAGGCGUAUAGCAGAGAAGGGGAAGCCUAUUCUGGGAGAACACAGCAGGCUAGAGGUCAUUAUAGAGGAGAGCAUAGCUUUCAAGGUCCGACAGGGAAUGGUUCCUAAUGGAGUUUUAGAUGCGGUAGUAGACCACUUGCCUCAGUGUGAAAAUACAGUAGACCGCCUUUUGAAGGAUACCAAUCUUGCCGAAGUAAUUGGCACACACUCCUGGAGGGAACAGUUCAUUGAGGCUGUAACAGUCAGUGCAGGAGAAGGUGAUGAGGAAGGAGGGGAGCCUCAGCAGCCUUCGCGCUGUGAUUAUUUCAUGCACGCGAUUACAGUGUUCUGGAAGAUUCUGUUUGCGUUUGUUCCACCCACAGAGUAUGGGAACGGCUGGACCUGCUUCAUUGUGUGCAUUGUGGUCAUUGGGAUGCUAACUGCUGUCAUUGGAGAUUUGGCAUCUCAUUUCGGGUGUACAGUGGGCCUUCGUGACACUGUCACUGCUGUAGUAUUUGUCGCCUUAGGAACCUCAAUACCAGAUACAUUUGCAAGCAAGGUCGCAGCUCAACAGGAUCAGUACGCAGAUGCUUCAGUUGGAAAUGUAACCGGUAGCAACGCCGUUAAUGUUUUUCUUGGGAUUGGCGUGGCUUGGUCCAUUUCAGCCAUUUACUGGGAGGUCAAAGGUCAGGUGUUUUAUGUAGACCCUGGUUCGCUUGCGUUCUCUGUUACACUCUUCACCAUCUUCGCCUUCAUCAACAUUGCUGUCCUGAUGUUAAGGCGGCGGAAAUCGGUGGGCGGAGAGCUAGGUGGGCCCAAAGUGCUAAAAGUUCUGACUUCAGCGUUGUUCAUCGGUUUGUGGCUUCUCUACAUCACAUUCUCCAGCCUAGAGGCCUACUGUCACAUCACGGGCUUCUGAGGACAGAGAAGACAUAGAAAACUCAAUAAACAAGCAUUCAAGUUAAAUGAGUUUUGUGAAAACUGUGAGAGAAAUGUACGAAGUACUGUCUAUUCCAUGGUAAUAAGUACAUGAAGUAGGUAUAGGUUUGCAAUUUCUGUAUUAACAAACAUACCUAAAAUAAGAGAGUGAGUUAGAGAGAACAAGAUAUGACUGCACAGCUAUCAGGGGCAUCUCUGACUGUUGUUCAGCUUUGGUUUCAAAGCACAUUAGAGGUAUUAUGAACUUUUGACACCACCAGACCCUCAAAGAAAUGGAGGAGAUUAACACUGCAAGAUGUAGCACCUUUAUGACAGAACUGUGAUGUGAUUUAUAUGCUGACUUAUGACAGUAAUUGAUGCACCUGUGAAGAGAUGCUAGUUCUCUCUCUGAGAGAAGCCACAUAUGACUCUUCAUAGAAAUUAUCACAAAAAA